AUGAUGAGUCAUACUCCAAACCAUGGCGUUUACACUCAAAAUGGCGAAACUGGUACUGAAACGAACUUAUAUCACCCAGUGCCAUAUGUGUUUUCACAAUCACAUCAAGGUUCUCAAACAGGUAAACGUGCAUUCUCAUCGGCUUCUCCUCCACAAAAAAUAAUGAAAAAGCCGAGUGCUUUUGUGCCUGAACCGUUUCCUCCAAUUAUUUUCACAUUUAAUGGUGACUCACCAAAUCCUGGGAUAUUACGUUCAAUUUUAAUUGGACUGGAAAAAGAUCAUCAUUGCCAAACUACUUGUCGGUUUAAUGCGAGGAAAGAACUUCUGCUAUUUCCACAAGACGUUACAACUCAAAAAGUUUUAACGGAUAACUUACCGUCGGAUUUAUUUGGUGAGAAUUUUAAAUACAACUCCCGCUGGCCUCGCACCACUGCUAAAACAUUUAGUUGUGUUAUGAAAAACGUGGACCUGUCUAUUGAUAAUAACGACAUGCUAGUAGAUAUUCAAACAAUCGAAAAAGACGUUAUCGGAGUGUCCCGUAUAAGAAAUGCUCAACGAAAUCAACCAACUUCUCUACUACGUCUCGAUUUAGCAAAUGAAAAAGCUCGGGAUAAUCUGUUGGAUAAGAAAAAGAUAAUCAUCACACCAUUUGUUUACUCUAUUGUGGAAUAUAUUCCACCAAUUAAAAUUACCCGAUGCUAUAAAUGUCAAGAACUUGGUCAUUUUGCUAAUGAGUGUAAAAAUAAUGUCAAAUGUGGGAAAUGUGGAGGUGAACAUCUACUCGAAAACUGUGUCAGUCCAUCAUUAAAAUGUCCAAACUGCGGAGAGGCGCAUCGAGCGACUUUUCCAGGGGGUAAAGUCCGUCUGCAGUACAUUAGUAACGUUAAAGCGAAAUCUUUCGCAGAUAUUGUCUCGGCUGGGCCACCACUUAGUCUUAGUCGCUCAAAUAACUUUAAUUUACAACAACAACAAAUUUCGCGAACCACUAUCUCAACAUCAAGUAAUAGUGAUAAAUUAGACCUAUCCAAAGCUAUAGGUGACAUAUCAAAAAGUUUAGCAACUGUCAUGAACGAGAUUCAACAGAUUCAACAAACAAUCAGCUAUCAAAGUCUCUCAAAUGAACAAACUAUUAAUAACUGUCAAUGCUUACUCACAACGAUUGUUACCACAUUAGUCCCUAUCAUCAGCAAGUAUGCGGAUCAAAGCGAUAGAUAUGCAUUAGAACAAUUUAUGGAAUCAAUAUUUAGAUCGAAUAAUUCAUAUAACAACUCCUCAAACAUACAAACAUUAGACUCGGUAAACGAAACAAUCAUAAUACCAACUCAAAUAAGAUUAGAUACUAUAGAAGGACUAACAUGA